GGACGGUGGCCGGCGAUGGGUUACGUGGCACUGGAAUCGCUGCGCAUGCGCAGUGCGCGUCCCACCGGUAGUGUCCAGAUGGCGGCAGUCAGAAUGCAGUUCACACUUUACUUGGUGUUUUUGUUAAACAUUUACAACAGUUUUGUGUCAUCGUUGUAUUUCCAUAUCGGCGAGACUGAAAAGAAAUGCUUCAUAGAAGAAAUACCGGACGAAACCAUGAUAAUAGGUAACUACCGGACGCAGCUCUAUGAUAAGCAGAGAGAAGAGUAUUUGCCUGCGACUCAAGGACUGGGGAUGUUUGUGGAAGUGAAGGAUCCUGAUGAGAAGGUGAUCCUGUCCCGCCAGUAUGGAUCCGAGGGCAGGUUUAUCUUCACCUCACACACACCUGGAGAGCAUCAGAUCUGCUUGCACUCAAAUUCCUCCAAAUUUGCUCUGUUUGCUGGUGGGAUGCUUCGAGUUCACUUGGACAUCCAAGUUGGUGAGCAUACAAACAACUACGCAGAAAUCGCAUCCAAAGACAAGCUGACUGAGCUGCAGCUGAGGGUGCGACAGCUGAUGGAGCAAGUGGAUCAGAUCCAGAAAGAGCAGAACUAUCAGCGGUAUCGUGAGGAGCGCUUCAGACAGACCAGCGAGAGCACCAAUCAGAGAGUCCUGUGGUGGUCUAUCGUCCAAACGCUGAUCCUGGUGGCCAUUGGGUUUUGGCAAAUGAGACACCUGAAGAGCUUCUUUGAAGCCAAGAAAUUAGUAUAGAACUGUAUUCCGAUUUUUUUUAAGUUGUGAUGAUUGUCAGCACACACAGCAUUUUGAAGACUGCCUGCUUCACGUGUGGUCAAGAGCAAGUCAACAUGCUUUCAGCUCUGUAGUUCCCUACUUUAAAUUGUUUUGCGCUGUUUGUAUCAGUGCCACACCCCAUGUAAUGUGAACCUAGAUUCUGUUCAGAAACGCAUUACAAUUUGGAGGUGAUGUGCACUCAACAAAGCAGUUAACUGUAUUCAAAACACAAAUUGCAUAGUGGUUGCCUUCUCAUCUAUUAAAGCCCCUUGAUAAAAUAUUUGUUUGAGAAAGCUGAUGAAGUCAUUAACUAUUAACUGGGCUGCGAGUAUGAUGCUUUUCCUAAUUGACCUUGGAUUAUUCGCUUAAACAUUUACAAGACAAAACUAACCGAGUUUAUCCUGGUGGCAGGUGUAAAUGGAUUCUGUUGUUUGGUUAUGCAGUAAAUAGUAUGAUAUUUAAAGGUAUGCUCAGAGUGAAUGUUUCUCGGUGUUAAAAUUUUUAUUCUUUAUACAACUGGAUGAUGAUUUCUUUUCUAGACCCCUAUUUUAUUUUAUGAUACAUUGAAAUAGAUGAUAUCAAAAGGUUUAUAUUUUUCAUGAAUACCCAUUAGCUAUCAGCUAUUACUAUGACAGAGCUUUUCUGUUUGCUUUGAAAGCCGUCUAACCAUCUUACACAGACAUUAUCAUGUUUUUCACAUCUUUUUCUAUUGUAAACUCCUCAGGUUGAUGUAGAGAUUUCAGUGGUUCAUGCACUCUUAAAUUGAUCUGCCUAGAAUACACUGUCAAAACCGCAAACGAUAUUUGAGAUUUGCUCGCUUUUUCAGAUACUAUAGCUGGUGUAAUUUUUUUUUUUUCUUUAAAAAAAAUAUACUGGAUGUUGUUUUGAGUGUUUUGUUACGCAUCGAUUGCUGCACACUGAAAUGCUUUGCCAUCACAUUUGUAUGGUUUAACUUUUUUGUUUUUGGUCAUUUUAGUUUGUGAACAGCCACUGGGAAAUGGGUUUACUUUUUUUAAAAAGUAGGGACAGGGGAAGGAAAACUUGUUGGUGAGAAAUCUACCCCAUAAAUGCACUCAGAAAUAAAGUUUCCCACUCUCCUUAA